AUGAAUACGAAUUACGGGAACAAGUAUUUCGAAAGGGGAGACGCUGCGAAAAAGUCUGGUAUACUAAGUAACUAUUUCGUCAUUCAAGAUCCGAGUUUGCUUUACGAAGACAAUGACGAGCAAUCGUAUAAACACGAAUUUUUCGCCUAUCAAGAGCCGCCGGUCGUGAUUCCGGAACCCAAAGCGGCCAUUUGGGAAUUCCUAUCGAAGACCGAGAUGCAGGAGCUUUUGAAAUGUAAAAAUUCGACAGAGCUAAAGAAAUACUUGAAUUCGGUUAAACUGGAAAAAUUCUGCCCGAAAGGGAAAGCUCGGACGGUUUUCAUCGAUUUGAUGCUUUCAGUCGCUAAAUUCUGCUUCAAGCAACGCUACACGUUGGAAAAAUCAGCCGCCUUGAUGUCCCAAUAUUACUUAACCCAUCUUCUAGUGGUCACCUCCUUUCACAAAUCAACCGAAAAAGUCUACAACUACUACAAAGAGCUUUCAUUAUGCUACACCCUUCCAACGUUUCCUCCCAAAUUCCUGAAGCUGUUCUCCAUGGAAGAAACCAAGAAAAACAUGGUGUUUUUUUGCAUAAUGUAUCUGCGUAACCUGCCUCUCAUCAGGUUCCUGUGUUUGCCCAACUUCGGGUUCCACUUCAACUACUUCAAGGCGCAACCGGAGAAGAGCAAAUUCAAGAAGUCAUCCCAGAGGCUGGGCAAACAAAAAUCGAAAUUCAAAUCGAAACUUCAAACAUGA